GUAGAGGCGGCGCGUGCACGCGUGCGCAGUGCGCGGGCGGGCCGUCGUGGGCGCCGCUCCCGGCAGCUGAGUGCCUGAAGGAGCCGGGUCCGCGUCGGCGCGGGUGCUCCGGGCGGAGGCCGCGUGUAAUGUUCAAGCCCAGAAAUGCCUUAUGUGGAUCGGCAGAAUCGCAUUUGUGGUUUUCUAGACAUUGAAGAAAAUGAGAACAGUGGGAAAUUUCUUCGACGGUAUUUCAUCCUGGAUACCAGAGAGGACAGCUUCGUAUGGUACAUGGAUAACCCACAGAACUUGCCUUCCGGAUCAUCACGGGUUGGAGCCAUUAAACUUACCUACAUUUCAAAGGUUAGUGAUGCAACCAAGUUAAGGCCAAAGGCAGAGUUCUGUUUUGUUAUGAAUGCAGGGAUGAGAAAAUACUUCCUACAAGCCAAUGAUCAGCAAGACUUAGUGGAGUGGGUAAAUGUCUUGAACAAAGCUAUAAAAAUUACAGUACCAAAGCAAUCAGACUCACAGCCGGCUUCUGACAGCCUGAGUCGCCAAGGUGACUGUGGCAAGAAGCAAGUGUCUUACAGAACUGAUAUUGUUGGUGGUGUUCCCAUCAUCACUCCAACACAGAAAGAAGAAGUAAAUGAAUGUGGUGAAAUUAUUGACAGAAACAAUUUGAAACGGUCCCAAAGCCAUCUUCCUUACUUUGCUCCUAAGCCACCUCCAGACAGUGCAGUUAUCAAAGCUGGAUAUUGUGUGAAGCAAGGAGCAGUGAUGAAGAACUGGAAAAGAAGAUAUUUUCAAUUGGAUGAAAACACAAUAGGCUACUUCAAAUCUGAACUGGAAAAGGAACCUCUGCGGGUAAUACCACUUAAAGAAGUUCAUAAAGUCCAAGAGUGUAAGCAAAGUGACAUAAUGAUGAGGGACAACCUGUUUGAAAUUGUAACGACGUCUCGAACUUUUUAUGUGCAGGCUGAUAGCCCUGAAGAAAUGCACAGUUGGAUUAAAGCAGUCUCUGGCGCCAUCGUAGCACAGCGGGGACCUGGCAGAUCAGCAUCUUCUAUGCGGCAGGCCAGAAGGCUGUCGAACCCUUGUAUACAGAGGUAUACAUCAAGAGCUGGUGAAUGCAGCACGAGCAUUCCGGCUGCCCUUCAGAAUCCAAAUACACUGUCCGUCCUGCCGGGGCAGCAGCAGCCACCUCACAUUCCGCAGCCUCUCGCAGCCACUCUCUGGUCUCAAGCUAUACCAUGGAGAAGCGAGGAUUUUACGAAUCUCUUGCCAAGAUCAAGCCAGGGAACUUCAAGGUCCAGACUGUCUCUGCAAGAGAAUCAGCUUCCAAAGUGACUGAACAAGCUCUGCUUAGACCUCAGAAUAAAAAUGGCCCUCAGGGAAAAGAUGGUGAGCCAGUGGACUUAGAUGAUGCCAGCCUGCCAGUCAGUGAUGUGUAAGGCUGCCUGCCCCACUCAUCCCUCAGUGUCCUUUCGUGAGGAUUCUAGCCAAAGAUGAUAGAGGAUGAAUGGUUUCAGUGCAUAUAUUAUAUUGUGUCUUGGGUGUACUCUAUAAACUGGCAAACCAAGAAUCUAGGGAGUGGCCAAGUUAAUGUAAUUUCUUUAAGAAAGGAAGGAAAAAAGCCGUGUCCGUAUCAACUGUUUGAAGCUUUAUGUGUUUGGGUGGUAAAAAUGUGUGUGUGACUUUUUUUUCUAGUGACUUUGAAAUUUUAAAUAACAACUUAAAACAUUAAAAUUUCUUAUUAUUUGGUCAUUUAAAAAUGCUAAUAUGACUCCCUAUGAAAUACUCAAUAUUUACACAUUCUUAUCAGUUAACAUUAUCAAACAGAACAUUGCCAGACAAAAAUUCUUAAACUCAUGAUGUCUGUGGUGCUGCAAAAUUUAUAUUGCAAUGUGGAUUAUAUAGAAAUUCUAACCAUUUUUGAUAUCAGGUGAGUGGUAAAUUUUGCAUAGAAGAUUUGAUUAGACUGUUGGUGCAGGAAGGGGUUGAACGGGGGUGGAGCAGCAAAGGUGAGGGAUUAGAGUUAAGCUAGAGCUAAGGUUUUUUCUUUUUGGUGAGGACUUUUUUUUGAGACAGGAUUUCUUUGUAGCCAUGUCUGUCCUGGAACUUGUGGUGAUCCUCCUGCCUUUGCUGCCUCCCAAAUUAUAGGCAUGUGUUACACAGUGUGAUACUUGUAGAAUUUGCACCUAUCAGUAUUUUAUUUCAGUAAAAAUUAUUUGGUCAUAAAUUUUGGGAAGAUAUGAUUUUUUUUUCAAGACAGUUUCUUUAUGUAGUCCUUGCUGUUCUGGAACUUGUUCUGUAGACCAGGCUGGCCUAAAACUCACAGAGAUCCUCCUGAGUGCUGGGAUUAAAGGCAUGUACCACCAACGUCCAGCUGAUUUUUUUUUUUUUUUUUUUUGUAAAUAGAUCUUAUUUUUGAGUUUGGAUUAGUGAAAGACCUCUUGGUUCAUAUGUGAAGUCAUAACUGCCCUUAGUCAUGAAAUUGUUGUGGCCUCUACUUUUUCAUCAUCAAUAACCUAUAUUCAAGUGCCUGUGUCUUCUCAUCUCAUUUAGGAUGUGCUCCAAGUCCUACAUGAUUGGCUUUAAAUGUUUGAAGAAAUUAAUUUCAGUAGCAUAGUUUGAUAUGUUAAAUAAGAUAGCUUUUUAUGUCAGGGACACCAGAAUGUUGGUGUUCUACUAUCCGUGCAAUAUUUAUGUCUUGAAAUAAAUUGGAGUAUGCAUUUAAUCGUGGGGAUAUCCUAAGUGGAAGUACCUCUCUAAAGAACCCAUAGUUUCUGGUGUCGAGUGAUAGACUGGUUUGAGCAAGUACUGUUUUGUGCAAAGUCUUAAGUGUUUGCUUUUCCCAGGCUGCUGCUCUGUAGUAUUCCCAGUCCCACACACUUCUGUUUUGGUGACAUGGGUAUUAGUGUUUUGCCUUUUGAUGUUCUAAGACUACUUGUUGGAGGAGGAGGAGGAGGAGGAGAUCGCUUCUGUGUGGGGUCUAGGGUCCCAGAUGUGUUAUUUAGUUGCCCAGCACAAGAACAUUACCACUCACCUUUUGUAACAUAAGCUAAUAUGUUAGAGUUCUAUGUAGUUUUCUCUUUUGCAGCUGCAUUGGAAAACCAUAGGACAAUGAGGUUUUUAAGCAGUCACCACCCUUCUGCUGCUGUGUUCAUUCUCCAGGCUCUUUGGGAAGUUCCCUUUUCAUGAACAUACUAGGAACUCGUGUACAGAUACUCCGCAGUAUUGAUGAGCCUGGCGCUGUUUUCUUUGGUACAGCCUCCACAGUGCACGUUUAUUUUAGCAUAUUUUGGUAUUGCUAUAUUUCAUGGUGGCAGAAUAUUAGCUCUAUUUUGGGACUUUUUAUAGAAUUACCCUUAUUCAAAAGCAUAGGAAUAUGUUCUUGUGGUUGUCAGAAUUUCUUAAUAUUUAUCUCAAUUCUUUUGUAAGCUAAUGGAAAUUAUUUAAUUAUUUUAAAACAUACCUUCUUGUAAAUAUGUCACAUCUGAAGUGUCAACAGUUACUUUGAAUACCGUAAUGUUUGCUGCAUUUUUUUCCUGUGUGUAUAUUGUAUCUCCUUUCAGAACAGGAACGUGCCUCCUGAUGUUUACUGUUACACCUGCUCUCUUUGUAUGUCCGAUUGGUUGAACACUGUAAUGACUUGAGAAUAAACUGCUCAGAAUUCAUUUUCA